AUGAUUACUGGUGAGACCUCAGGAACUGCCAUCGGCACCAAUGGUACCGGUAGCACCGCAAGCAGCAAUGACAUCAAUGUCAUUGCGCAUCAUGAAAGAUCUUUCUUCGAAGUCGGGAUUUUGGAGAGUAUCGACGAAGAUGAAAGCGACGGUAGCUUUGCUUAUGCGGACACCGACGACGAUGGUAGCUAUACACGCAAUUCCAGUGCCACUGAUCCCAUGGUCAAUGCCACGAAAGGAAUCGAUCAUGGCGACGGUGAUGAGGAGAACCCGGCCAGCCUGUGUGCCAUGUCGGACUCAUACCGAUCCCUAGACUCAGAAGUGGAUGACUCGCCUUGUUGGCGGAAAGUCCUCAACGACCUCAUGUCCUCUUACCUCUUUGAAUUGGCCAAGAGUGGCAUCGCUUGUCUUUUUGGGCUACUCAUGAAGAUCAUUCGUCACGGCAAUGACAGUAAUGACAUGGCGGACGAAAUUGUACAAGAAGUUGCCGAUGCUGCGGAUAUGGCGGUCACUGGAGUCACUAAUACAAUGGGAACCACAGGAACCACAACUACUACAACCGCCACCGCCACCUCUACAAGUGCUGCUACUACAUCCGCUGGCACAUCUGCGGCUACAGGGACCAGUGCGGCUGCUACAAGUACCAGUGCUGCUACGACCUCUGCGGCCACUACAACACAAUUUUCAAGUUUUACCUUGGUGACCCAAAGCAGCACUCAUUUCGCAACAGUGACAGCUUCCACUUCUAGUGCCACUACCGCAACCACCUCAACAGCAGCCGCCGCCACUGCUUCUUCUACCGCUGCAACGGCGGGACAAGCGACAGCCGUCGUGGCACAAAUGGCUGUAGUCUCUGCCCAAGGAGCUGCUGGGGCCACCGCAGCUGCCACUACAACAGCAGCAGCCACAGGAGCUGCAGCAGCAGGAGCAGCUGGAGCCGGAAGUGCCGCUUCUGCAGCCCUGUCUGCCACGGCCACAGCCACGGCAACAUCAACUGCCACCACACAAGCUGCUGUGGCUGCAGGUUUGGCAGCCGUGGCUGCUGUUUCUACCACUGCCGCUGUAGUCUCUCAACAGCCCCAACAGGUUCAAGCAUACUACAACUUUGGAGAUCAAUUCGUUCCUCCUAUCUGCUCUCUUGCAUCUCAAUCCAAACAAGGAUGUAUGGAGUUGCGCUUGAAAGGUUUGCCACCGGAUAUCUUUGAAUCCAGUGAUGAUGACAUGAAAAAAUUUCAGCAGAUGUUUCGAGAUGUCUACAAUAGUAUCACAGGUAUGUGCUUGGACACCUAUGAUCGAGUGAUUCACAACGCCAAGCUAGUAGAAUGGGAGACAGAGUGGGGAGACUAUGCGAGCAUCAUGCAAGACAAGGAACAUCAAGACUAUGACCAAGCCGUGGUCAACAGUAUCACCACCAUGUACUGGGAAACAAUCAUUGAUUGUACUGGGUGUCCUGAUCAUGAGCCACUCUUCUCAGUGCCGGAUGACUUCAUCUUACUGCAACAACAGAGGAAUGAUUCCCGCAAUGAUCACUUUGAUUACUCCAAUUUCUUUGGCCUCUUUGCAGCAUCUUUUGGCUUUACUGUGGAUCGCUAUGUCAAUGGCAUCACCGUUUUGUUCAACGACACGCUCGUUUAUGGAAAUGAAUCUGCUCUGGCUUUUCAAAAUCGAACGGAUGAAGGUAUUCACGUCGUGGAGGCCAGUACAGUUGAGUGUCGCGCACCAAUUGUGGGGGGCCAAUCACAAGGAGCAACCAAUAUAACCAGAAGAACAGCUAUUGCAACUGUGGACGAAAAAGAAAUCUUGGCUGCUAGAACUGUGGUGGAGCAGAACAAUGGUACAGUUGCAACUUCAACAGCUACACAGAAUCUUGAUUCUAUUCAAUCCUGCUUUGAUGCUGGUACCAAUGAAAUUGUGGGUGAAUCUCAGUUCUGCCAAACAGUAACACAAAAUUCCAACAUGCGAGGAGAAGAGCUUGCAGCAUGUGCGCGUGAUGCAGCUUCUGGAAAUGCCAACAGAGAGUGCCAGGAAGCUUUGGGUAAAACAUUGGACAACCUUCCACCAACAGUGGCGCCGACACCCUUUCCCACAAUGCCACCAACAUUGUCACCCACAAAGAAACCAACCCCAUCACCAACUUAUGAGCCAACUUAUGAGCCAACUUAUGAGCCAACUGGAGAGCCAACCAAAGCUCCAACACACAGUCCAACCAGUGAACCAACAUUUCAACCUACACCCAACCCUACCCAUGAGCCCACAUUUUCUCCUACCACCAGAGAUAUUCCUGACUAUUCAGGUGCAGCUGCACAAGGACCCCCAUCACCAACUGGGACCCCAACUACUCUUGAGCCCACUUCAACUCCACCCACCCCAAUCCCAAGCACAGCACACCCAAACACUUCGCGUCCAACAACAGCACGCCCGAGCACAUCGGUUGUGAGUCAAGCCUCUGCCAGUCCAGCACCCGUCACUUCAAAUCCAAGUACCACCCCGUUUCCACCCAGCGCUAAGACUGCCACUGCAAUCCCUAGUCACACCCCCUCAACAACACGUCCCAGUACUCAUACUACUUCUCCAAGUCCUAGACCAACCAUGGCACACCCGAGUACUGCAGCACCCACUACACUGAGCCCAACUGUAACUCCAGCAUCACCGAGUGUCAGCCCCACUACUGCACGUCCCAGUACUCUUGACCCUACUGUGUCUCCCAGUACUCUGGCCCCCACAAUAGCUCCCACUACCAGUCCUACUACCAGUCCCACUACCAGUCCUACCACCAGUCCUACUGCCCGUCCUACUACCAGUCCUACAACUCGUCCAACUACCUCUCCCAGCACCAGUCCCACCACUGCAAAUCCAAGCACUGGAGCACCUGCCACCAUGCGCCCCACUGCGUCUCCAACUACAGAUUUCCCCACACAAACUGAUCCACCAACAAGCUUCCAGUGUACCCUUGAUACAGAGGGAACCGCUCGCUACAGUAUCACACUUGAGAAUGCUCAGUCACUCUCAAAUGAUCAGCUCAUUGAAGCCUUCAUUGGAGCUGAUGCUGCACUGGAGAAGGAUGAGUGUACUCCUGUUGUACUCAGAGUAUCCGUUGCAGGAAGAGCACAGGAAAGAAAACUGCAGGAGUCAGAAUCAAGGCAACUUCAGUUAACAGAAAUUGUUUCAUUUAACGUUGAAGCCUUGGUAGAGCCUGAGAUUUCCCCACUUGUGGAUUUCAGCCUAUUUGGUGGGGAUGUAGGCGACGAUGGCUUCACAGAGGCUUUCCGUGAAAAUGAUAUCAUUGUGGACAGUGGUGCUGUUGUCUUGGAAGCAAGGGAUGUUGAUCCACAGACAAUACCACCAGCCAACGCACCAACAGAAUUCCCAGAUUCUCAACCAACCUUUGAGCCACUGGACUUUCCCACCUUUGAGCCACUGGACUUUCCCACCUAUGAGCCACUGGAAUUUCCAACCUUCGUGCCACUUGACUUCCCAACCUACGAGCCAUUUGACUUCCCAACCUUCGAGCCACUGGACUUUCCCACCUAUGAGCCACUGGAAUUUCCAACCUUCGAGCCAUUUGACUUCCCAACCUACGAACCAUUUGACUUCCCAACCUUCGAGCCACUGGACUUUCCCACCUAUGAGCCAUUUGACUUCCCAACCUUCGAGCCACUGGACUUCCCUACCUUCGAGCCACUGGACUAUCCAACCUACGAGCCAUUCGACUCCCAACCUAUGAGCCAUUCGACUUCCCAACCUACGAGCCACUGGAAUUCCCAACCUAUGAGCCACUGGACUUUCCAACCUACGAGCCACUGGACUUCCAACCUACGAGCCAUGGACUUCCCAACCUAG